AUGGGAGUCAAGAACUUCCUCAAUAAACGUUCUGGUCUGCGUGUUGAUAAUCGGACUACUACCUCGGCUUCAACCUUGACACUUCGCCAGAGUCUAUGGCCUCUCAGUCUAGUUACAAUUUUAUUCUUUCUAUGGGGUUUUGCAUACGGUCUACUGGAUACAUUGAAUAAACACUUCCAAAAUACUCUACAUAUUGAUCGAGGUCGUUCUGCUGGCCUCCAAGCUGCUUAUUUCGGUGCAUAUCCUCUCGCCUCACUGGGUUACGCAAACUGGCUCCUACGUCACUUCGGAUACAAGACCGUGUUUAUCUUCGGAUUAACAUUAUAUGGUAUUGGUGCACUGUGCAUGUGGCCUGCUGGUCUACAUCAAUCCUUUGGUGGAUUCUGUGGUGCCACAUUCGUCAUUGGAUCUGGAUUGGGAUCUUUGGAGACGGCUGCAAAUCCAUAUCUAACAGUCUGUGGUCCACCUCGCUACUCCGAAAUCCGAAUAAACUUCGCGCAAGCAUUCAACGCAAUCGGUACAGUCGUCGGCCCAGUCCUAGGUUCCUAUGCCUUCUUCACUGAAACAGAAGAUGAUGUCGAAGCCCUCCAGCGUGUUCAAUGGGUAUACCUUGCAAUUGGAAUCUUCGUUUUCUGUCUAGCUGUUGUAUUCUUCUUCUCAAAUAUACCCGAAGUCACAGAUGAGGAUAUGGCAUUCCAGGUCUCGACGACUCAUGUGGAUGAGCAGGAUAAACCGUUUCGGAAGCAAUGGAAGUUGUUUCAUGCUACUUUGGCGCAGUUUACAUAUACAGGUGCUCAGGUUGCCAUUGCGGGCUACUUUAUUAACUAUGCAGUCGAUACCUGGCCUGGAACCGAUAGUGCUAAAGGUGCGAAGCUUUUAGCCGGAGCUCAAGGUGCUUUUGCUGUGGGUCGAUUCUUAGGAUCUGGAUUGAUGAAAUAUACGAAGGCACGUUAUGUCUUCUUUGUUUAUCUUUCUUGUUGUGUGGCGUUUCUAGCCGCUGCUGUUACGCAGAGAGAGCAAAAGGGUAUUGCUAUGCUCUUCAUGACACUCUUCUUCGAAUCCGUCUGUUUCCCUACUAUCGUCGCACUGGGAAUCCGUGGGCUGGGUAGACAUUAUAAACGUGGUUCUGGAUUCAUUGUUGGUGGUGUCUGCGGUGGUGCUGUUGUACCUCCGAUACUAGGACAUGUUGCUGAUAUGCGUAAUGAUACUGGGUUUGCGAUGAUUGUUCCUACUAUGUUCAUGGUUGUUGCUUGGACAUAUGCCGUUGCUGUUAAUUUUGUACCGGAGUAUCGUGAUACUGUUGAUAAAAUUGGUGAAAGUACUGUUGGGAUUCAGGAGGGUGAUAAGGAUGAGAAGAGGGAUGCUGGGGAUGAGGAGGCUGGGAGGACAUAG